UCCGGGCUGUGGGCGCGCUCGCGGCCAUGGUUUUCUCAAACAAUGAUGAUGGCCUUAUCAACAAAAAGUUACCCAAGGAGCUGCUCUUAAGAAUUUUCUCCUUCUUGGACAUAGUAACUCUUUGUCGAUGUGCACAGAUUUCCAAGGCGUGGAACAUCUUAGCCCUGGAUGGAAGCAACUGGCAGAGAAUAGACCUUUUUAACUUCCAAACAGAUGUAGAGGGCCGAGUUGUGGAAAACAUCUCCAAGAGGUGCGGUGGCUUCCUCAGGAAACUCAGCUUGCGGGGUUGCAUCGGCGUUGGGGACUCCUCCUUGAAGACCUUUGCACAGAACUGCCGAAACAUUGAACAUUUAAACCUCAAUGGCUGCACAAAAAUCACUGACAGCACGUGUUACAGCCUUAGCAGAUUCUGUUCCAAGCUGAAACACCUGGAUCUCACGUCCUGCGUGUCUGUCACCAACAGCUCCUUAAAGGCGAUCAGCGAUGGUUGCCGGAACCUGGAGUAUCUGAACCUCUCCUGGUGCGACCAGAUCACGAAGGAAGGCAUCGAGGCGCUGGUGCGGGGGUGCAGGGGCCUGAAAGCCCUUCUUCUGAGGGGUUGCACUCAGUUAGAGGACGAAGCUCUGAAACACAUUCAGCACCACUGCCACGAGCUCGUCAGUCUCAACCUGCAGUCCUGCUCACGCAUCACUGAUGAGGGCGUGGUGCAGAUCUGCAGGGGCUGCCACCGGCUGCAGGCCUUGUGCCUCUCUGGUUGUAGUAAUCUCACGGAUGCAUCUCUCACGGCCCUGGGCCUGAACUGCCCCAGACUGCAGAUUUUGGAGGCUGCUCGAUGCUCCCAUUUGACUGAUGCAGGCUUUACACUCCUAGCUCGGAACUGUCAUGAGCUAGAGAAGAUGGACCUUGAAGAAUGUGUCCUGAUCACUGACAGCACCCUCAUCCAGCUCUCCAUCCACUGUCCCAAGCUACAAGCCCUGAGUUUGUCCCACUGUGAGCUCAUCACAGAUGAAGGGAUCCUACACCUGAGCAGCAGCACAUGUGGGCACGAGAGACUGCGGGUACUGGAGCUGGACAACUGCCUCCUUGUCACGGAUGCUGCACUGGAGCACCUGGAGAACUGCCGUGGCUUAGAGCGGCUGGAGCUGUACGACUGCCAGCAGGUCACCCGUGCAGGCAUCAAGCGCAUGCGGGCUCAGCUUCCUCAUGUCAAAGUCCAUGCCUACUUUGCUCCAGUCACCCCUCCACCAGCAGUGGCAGGAAGUGGACAUCGACUGUGCAGGUGCUGUGUCAUACUCUGA